UUUGAUCAUAUAUUGCUACGCAAAACAAAGUAGCCGUCGACGCUUCAACCAAUAAAAACCAGCAGAAAACCCGUGAAAAUUCGCAGUCGCAGCGUCCCGUUCAAUCCCGCGUGGAACGUGAAUUUGCUAAAAAGUAUCUAUCAUUUCCUGUUUCUGUGGAAGAAACAUAGUUCAGUGCCACGGUCGGCCAUUGUAGAUAGCGAGCAAUGGCGAGCAAGGUUAAAUACGAUUGGUAUCAAACGGAGACGGCCGUCACGGUGACGGUGUUAUUGAAAAACGCUGCAGAAAAGAACUAUUCCGUUCAGCUGGAGCAAAAUACGCUGCGGUUGCAGGCGGACGAUGUCGAACCGAUUGUGUUGCACCUAUGGAAUCCGAUCAACACCGAACAGAGCAGCCACAAGGCCACUCCGAGCAAGGUCGAAAUCAAGCUCGCCAAGAUGAUCGGCCAUCGGUGGGAUGCGCUAGAACGCCAGGAACAGGUCGACGAGCAACCGUCCACUGCCGUUGCUCCGGCCAAACAAAAGCACGAUUGGGAUAAAAUUUCCAAACAAAUCGAAAAGGAUGACCCUGAAAAGGACGAUGUAAGCGAUCUCUUUCGGAAAAUCUACGCCGAUGCGAACGAAGACACCAAGAAAGCGAUGAUGAAGUCGUACUAUGAGUCGGGCGGUACCGUUCUCAGCACUAACUGGUCCGAGGUUGGCGCCAAGCAGGUGCAGGUUCAACCGCCGGAUGGUUGCGAGUACAAGAAAUGGAAAUAAUUCUCUCCCGCCCCGUGCACCGUGAACAUGAAUAGUGCUAUGGCCAAUACAUGUGUUUUCGUAUUAUUUAAAUAGUGAU